GAGCGACUGGAAACGCCGCCGCCGCCGUCCGCGACCAUCCCCUUCUCCCGCGACCCCGACUUCGUCAACCGCGGAGACAUUCUCGACCAGAUCGACCAGCUAUGUUCGAAGCCGGCUGCUCGGGUUGCGCUCGUAGGCCUGGGCGGUGUCGGCAAGUCGCAGCUGGCCAUCGAGUUCGCCCACCGGAUCGCCGCGCGGCACCCAGACACGUGGGUGUUCUGGGUCCAUGCCGGCACGCAGGCGCGGGUCGAUGAGGGCUUCCGGGCGAUUGCCGACGCCGCCGAGCUGCCCGGUCGGAACGACCCCAAGGCCAACAUCACACAGCUUGUCUACGGCUGGCUGUGCAACGAACGGAACGGCAAGUGGGUUAUGGUCCUUGACAGUGCCGACGACCCCGACGUGUUCUUCGGCGCUGAACGACGUCCGCUAGCUGACUAUCUUCCGCAGAGCCCACACGGGUCUCUUCUCGUCACAACACGUGAUAAGUAUCUAGCUUCUAGGCUAGUAGGGGGGUACAAGAAUACAAUCGAGAUCGGGCCAAUGGCGCAGAGUGAUGCUCUGUUGCUCCUGGAGAAGAAGCUGGGAUCGCUCUCGGAUACUGAUAUGGCGGUGGAUCUCGUGCGGGCGCUCGACCUUGUGCCGCUUGCCAUCAGCCAGGCGGCGGCCUACAUUCAGAGAAUGUCGCCACGGAGCUCGGUCGAAAAGUAUUUGGCCGAGUUCCGCAAGGGCGAAAGCAAGAGAGCCUGGCUUCUAAGUCAUGACGAGGGCGAGUUUCGGCGAGAGGGAGGGGCUUCGAGUGCGAUCCUUGCGACCUGGCAGAUAUCCUUCGAACAUAUCCGCUCUAAGAGAGCUUCGGCGGCAGAUCUGCUCUCACUCAUGAGCUUCUUCGACCGACAAGGCAUUCCGGAGUCGUUGCUAAGGCCGCCUCACAUGGACGGGGCAAUACAGGAGAGGAGAUCCGACGUACAGCACGAUUUGGGAUCCAACAGUAGCGAUGACGAGAUAGACAACGACGAGACGGACAACGGAUUUGAAGACAAUGUAGCAAUGCUAACAAACUUUUGUCUCGUAACUGUAAGCGAGAGCGGAGACACGUUCGAGAUGCACGGCCUCGUACAGCUGUCGACAAGGAUGUGGCUGAAGGCCUGUGGGAGGGAGAAGGAAUUUAAGCAUCAGUUUGUGUCACGGAUAGCCGCGCUGUUCCCACCCGGAGACUACAGUAACUGGGCGACGUGUCAGCGUCUCUUUCCACACGUUGAAAGGGCCGUAGACUACCGACCAGUGGAGAGCAAAUUGGAGGAGGCAUGGGCAACGCUGUUAUACAAUGGGGGAUGGCAUGCAGAAUUGCAGGGUAGAUAUGAUGUGGCAGAGCAAAUGGCUCGUAAAUCGAGGAGAAGCCGCAAGGAAAUACUGGGAAGAGAAGACGAGCGAACGUUAGCUAGCACGUCGCUAUGUGCAGAAGUGCUUCGGGAUAAAGGACUAUGGGACGAGGCCGAGAAGCUGGAAGUACAAGUAAUGGAGACUCGCAAGACGAAGCUCGGGGCCGAUCAUCCCGACACGCUGACGAGCAUGGCCCUCCUCUUCCUCCCCUUCUCUCUCUUUUCAUCGCCGCCGAUAAACUUUCGCCCCGCGCCCUAUCUGUCUAGUUCCUAUCCCAGUUCCUAUCCCAAUAUGGCCCUCGCCCUCACUCCCGUCGAGCGCGUCACGCAUGCGCGCUGCCGCGCCGCGGGCAUUCCCUCCGACAGCCCGGAGUCGUAA